AAACCACAUGUAUCACUCCCACUGCAAGUUGCCAAAAAGCCAGAGAAAGAACGAAGAAACAAACACCAUCUCUCCUCCACCACCGGUGGCAGCAUGACCUAAUAGUACUACCAUGGGAGCCUCCUUGUCCACUCUCACCGAGCGGACCCCAAACGGUCCAGGACUCGGUGACAUACCAGGGAGUUGUGUGGCAAACGUAUUUUUGCACCUUACACCACCCGAGAUAUGUAAUUUAGCUCGCCUCAAUCGCGCCUUUCGCGAAGCGGCCUCUUCGGACGCCGUCUGGGAGUCCAAGCUCCCGCGGAACUACCAGGAUCUGCUGGAGUUGUUGCCGCCCGAGAGGUACCGGAAUCUUUGUAAGAAAGAUGUCUUUGCUCUGCUUUCCACCCCGCUCCCCUUUGAUGAUGGCAAUAAGGAAGUAUGGUUGGAUAAGGUUACCGGAAGAGUUUGCUUGUCGAUCUCCACUAAGGCAAUGUCGAUAACUGGAAUAGAAGAUCGCAGAUACUGGAAUUGGGUUCAUACUGAAGAAUCUAGGUUCAACGUUGUGGCUUAUUUGCAGCAAAUAUGGUGGUUUGAGGUGGACGGUAGUGUAAGGUUCAAUCUUCCAGCCGAUAUAUACACAUUAUCAUUUAGAAUACACUUGGGAAGAUUCUCCAAAAGGUUGGGACGCCGCGUUUGCUAUUACGACCACACUCAUGGCUGGGAAAUAAAACCCGUAAGGUUUGAAAUGUCAACAUCAGAUGGUCAAGAGUCAUCUACAGAAUAUUUUUUAGACGAUUGUGCUGAAGACGAAGCGAAUGGAUGCCAUAAACGGGGUUCCUGGAUAGAAUACAAAGUCGGGGAGUUUAUUGUAAACGCGUCCGAUCCCCCCACCGAAGUCAGAUUCUCAAUGAAGCAAAUAGACUGCACGCACUCGAAAGGUGGAAUAUGCGUAGAUGCUGUAUCAAUAAUCCCGAGCGCGCUUAAAGGGGGUACAAGGAGAAGGUUGUUGAACUAGUUUGAGGUAUGUGUCACGCACUGUUGCGCAACCUUUUCCGUAUUCCCUAUAUAUAUUAGUUAAGAAAUAUAAUGCAGCCUAUACUGUAAUGGAGGAUGUUGUCUUGAUCAAUUUUUUUGCAGUUAGGUAUGU